AAGGACACAGCCGGGGCCCAGUGGCGCAGCCCGGGCCCGGAGACUGACGGACAGCGCCUGGUGUCUCUUUGAGGCCCUGACGUGGACAAACUUCGGGUUUCACGACUCCGGGUUUCUCCAGCGGAUGGGCAGACCGGUGGAGGCGCGUGAGGGAGACGAAGGGACUUCCGUUUCCUUCACCUAGGCUGGGGCCAGGCCGCAGAACGGAGUUGGCAUUUCCAGAUUGGGGCUCGGGCCGCGCCUCCUCCGGGACCCUCCCCUUGGACCGAGCUGAUCGCCGCGGGGCAGUUCGGGCCGGCUGUCCUGGCGCGAAAAGGUGGACAAGUCCUAUUUUCAAGAGAAGAUGACUUUUAACAGUUUUGAAGGAUCUAAAACUUGUGUACCUGCAGACAUCAAUAAGGAAGAAGAAUUUGUAGAAGAGUUUAAUAGAUUAAAAACUUUUGCAGAUUUUCCAAGUAGUAGUCCUGUUUCAGCAUCAACACUGGCACGAGCAGGGUUUCUUUAUACUGGUGAAGGAGAUACCGUGCGGUGCUUUAGUUGUCAUGCAGCUGUAGAUAGAUGGCAAUAUGGAGACUCAGCAGUUGGAAGACACAGGAAAGUAUCCCCAAAUUGCAGAUUUAUCAAUGGCUUUUAUUUUGAAAAUAGUGCCACGCAGUCUACAAAUUCUGGUAUCCAGAAUGGUCAGUACAAAGUCGAAAACUAUCUGGGAAGCAGAAAUCAUUUUGCCUUAGACAGGCCAUCUGAGACACAUGCAGACUAUCUUUUGAGAACUGGGCAGGUUGUAGAUAUAUCAGACACCAUAUACCCGAGGAACCCUGCCAUGUAUAGUGAAGAAGCUAGAUUAAAGUCCUUUCAGAACUGGCCAGACUAUGCUCACCUAACCCCAAGAGAGUUAGCAAGUGCUGGACUCUACUACACAGGUAUUGGUGACCAAGUGCAGUGCUUUUGUUGUGGUGGAAAACUGAAAAAUUGGGAACCUUGUGAUCGUGCCUGGUCAGAACACAGGCGACACUUUCCUAAUUGCUUCUUUGUUUUGGGCCGGAAUCUUAAUAUUCGAAGUGAAUCUGAUGCUGUGAGUUCUGAUAGGAAUUUCCCAAAUUCAACAAAUCUUCCAAGAAAUCCAUCCAUGGCAGAUUAUGAAGCACGGAUCAUUACUUUUGGGACAUGGAUAUACUCAGUUAACAAGGAGCAGCUUGCAAGAGCUGGAUUUUAUGCUUUAGGUGAAGGUGAUAAAGUAAAGUGCUUUCACUGUGGAGGAGGGCUAACUGAUUGGAAGCCCAGUGAAGACCCUUGGGAGCAACAUGCUAAAUGGUAUCCAGGGUGUAAAUAUCUGUUAGAACAGAAGGGACAAGAAUAUAUAAACAAUAUUCAUUUAACCCAUUCACUUGAGGAAUGUCUGGUAAGAACUACUGAGAAAACACCAUCACUAACUAGAAGAAUUGAUGAUACCAUCUUCCAAAAUCCUAUGGUACAAGAAGCUAUACGAAUGGGGUUCAGUUUCAAGGACAUUAAGAAAAUAAUGGAGGAAAAAAUUCAGAUAUCUGGGAGCAACUAUAAAUCACUUGAGGUUCUGGUUGCAGAUCUAGUGAAUGCUCAGAAAGACAGUACGCAAGAUGAGUCAAGUCAGACUUCAUUACAGAAAGAGAUUAGUACUGAAGAGCAGCUAAGGCGCCUGCAAGAGGAGAAGCUUUGCAAAAUCUGUAUGGAUAGAAAUAUUGCUAUCGUUUUUGUUCCUUGUGGACAUCUAGUCACUUGUAAACAAUGUGCUGAAGCAGUUGACAAGUGUCCCAUGUGCUACACAGUCAUUACUUUCAAGCAAAAAAUUUUUAUGUCUUAAUCUAACUCUGUAGUAGGGAUGUUAUGUUCUUCUUAUUACCCUGAUUGAAUGUGUGAUGUGAACUGACUUUUAAGUAAUCAGGAUUGAAUUCCAUUAGCAUUUGCUACCAAGUAGAAAAAAAAUGUACAUGGCAGUGUUUUAGUUGGCAAUAUAAUCUUUGAAUUUCUGGAUUUUUCAGGCUAUUAGCUGUAUUAUUUAUCCAACUUUUUUUACUGUUAUCUAAUUGAAACCCUAGACUAAGAAGCAUCAUAUUAUAACUGAACACAAUGUGUAUUCAUCAUAUACUGACUUAAUUUCUAAGUGUAAGUGAAUUAAUCAUCUGGAUUUUUUAUUCUUUUCAGAUAGGCUUAACAAAUGGAGCUUUCUGUAUAUAAAUGUGGAGAUUAAUCUCCCCAAUCACAUAAUUUGUUUUGUGUGAAAAAGGAAUAAUUGUUCCAUGCUGGUGGAAAGAUAGAGAUUAUUUUUAGAGGUUGGUUGUUGUGUGUUAGGAUUCUGUCCAUUUUCUUUUAAAAUUAUAAACACGUACUUGUGCGAAUAAUUUUUUAAAAGUGAUUUGCCAUUUUUGAAAGGGUAUUUAAUGAUAGAAUACUAUCAAGCCAAGAUGUACUGACAUGGAAAGAUGUGAAAGAUAUAUUAAGUGUAAAAUGCAAGUGGCAAAACACUAUGUAUAGUCUGAGGCAAUCAAAGUAUGUAUGUUUCUUAUAUGUAUAGAACAAAAGAUUUGGAAAGAUAGACACCAAACUGUUAAAUGUGGUUUCUCUUUGGGGGGGUUGGGGAAGGGGCCUCAGAGGGGUUUUAUAGGGGCCUUUUACUUUCUAUUUUUUUCAUUUUGUUCUGUUUGAAUUUUUUAUAAGUAUGUAUUACUUUUGUAAUCAGAAUUUUUAGAAAGUAUUUUACUGAUUUAAAGGCUUAGGCAUGUUCAAACGCCUGCAAAAGUACUUAUCACUCAGCUUUAGUUUUUCUAAUCCAAGAAGGCAGGGCAGUUAACCUUUUUGGUGCCAAUGUGAAAUGUAAAUGGUUUUAUGUUUUUCCUGCUUUGUGGAUGAAAAAUAUUUCUGAGUGGUAGGUUUUUGACAGGUAGACCAUGUCUUCUUAUCUUGUUUCAAAAUAAGUAUUUCUGAUUUUGUAAAAUGAAAUAUAAAAUAUGUCUCAGAUCUUCCAAUUAAUUAGUAAGGAUUCAUCCUUAAUCCUUGCUAGUUUAAGCCUGCCUAAGUCACUUUACUAAAAGAUCUUUGUUAACUCAGUAUUUUAAACAUCUGUCAGCUUAUGUAGGUAAAAGUAGAAGUAUGUUUGUACACUGCUUGUAGUUAUAGUGACAGCUUUCCAUGUUGAGAUUCUCAUAUCAUCUUGUAUCUUAAAGUUUCAUGUGAGUUUUUACCGUUAGGAUGAUUAAGAUGUAUAUAGGAUGAAAUGUUAAAUCCUCUGCCUACAUUUGUGUUCUUGACUAGUAAUAGUAGUAGAUACUUCUGAAAUCAAUGUUCUCUCAACAUCCUUAAAACCUCUUGGAAAUUAUAAAAAUAUUGGCAAGAAAAGAAUAGUUGUUUAAAUAUUUUUUGAAAAACACUUGAAUAAGAAUCAAUAGGACAUAAACUAGAAGUUUAAAAAUGCUUCAUAGGACGUCCAGGGUUUACAUUAUAAGAUUCUCACAACAAACCUAUUGUAGAGGUGAGUAAGGCAUGUUACUACAUAGAGAAAAGUUUGAGAGUAAAACUGUAAAAAAUUA